CAAGCUUAUUGGUACUCUUGAGUUUCACUGGAUCUUUUGAAGUUAGCUAAAUUCUACGUACGAAGUCCUUAGCCUGUGGUGUCAUUGCUGAAUGACCGAAGAUGUCUCAUAGCAGGUUGUUUGCCAGGCUGCUUUUGCAGCAGAGUGGAGUCAGACACUGUUACACAGGAAGCAGAAAGAACCUCUACAUCAACAAGAACACGAAGGUCAUCUGCCAAGGUUUCACAGGAAAGCAGGGAACAUUUCACAGUCAGCAGGCUCUCGACUAUGGCUCGCAGCUUGUAGGAGGAGUUUCUCCUGGCAAAGGUGGGAAGACGCACCUCGGCCUGCCAGUCUUCAACUCCGUCAAGGAGGCAAAAGAGGGUACAGGAGCCGAAGCGACUGUGAUUUAUGUACCUCCUCCGUUUGCGGCCGCUGCCAUCAUCGAGGCAAUAGACGCAGAGAUACCCCUGGUGGUGUGCAUCACUGAGGGAAUCCCCCAGCAGGACAUGGUGAAAGUCAAACAUAAGCUCCUGCGUCAGAGCGCCACUCGCCUCGUAGGCCCCAACUGCCCAGGAGUCAUCAAUCCUGGAGAGUGCAAGAUUGGAAUUAUGCCGGGACAUAUUCACAAAAAAGGAAGAAUUGGCAUUGUUUCCAGAUCAGGUACUUUGACGUACGAAGCCGUGCAUCAGACUACACAAGUGGGCCUGGGCCAGUCUCUCUGUGUGGGUAUUGGUGGUGAUCCAUUUAAUGGCACAAACUUCAUAGACUGUCUGGAAGUGUUCCUGCAAGAUCCCAAAACAGAGGGGAUUAUCCUCAUUGGAGAGAUCGGAGGAAAUGCUGAGGAGAAUGCUGCCGAGUAUCUGAAGCAGCACAAUACUGGAGAUAACGCUAAGCCUGUGGUGUCGUUCAUCGCUGGGCUGACGGCUCCUCCAGGCCGCAGGAUGGGCCACGCUGGUGCCAUCAUCGCUGGUGGGAAGGGCGGAGCCAAAGAGAAGAUCGCAGCUCUCCAGUCUGCUGGAGUUGUGGUCAGCAUGUCCCCCGCUCAGCUGGGGAGCACAAUGUUCAAGGAGUUUGAGAAGAGAAAACUGUUGUAAAUUGCUCUAUAAGACACCCGACUUUUAACCCAUCCACCUCACAAACGAGAUGAUUCUGGAGUUGGACAUGCCCUGCAGUAUCUGUGAACCCCGACUAUCUCAUCAUUGAUACGCACAUGCAGUGUUUUUGUUGUAAUUUCUGCCAUGAACUUGUACCUUGCACAUAAUGAAAGAAAUAAAACAUUAGUGUCUUA